CCGGGUUCAGCCGCGUGAUGGACAGGAAGUUAAUAUUAUAGCGUAAACGUAGCUAUGUUGUACAGCAGUAACAUACUAGCUUUUGACGAGGCUUUCCAUUAGCACACGACUAGUGCAUUGUCCUGUUUUGAAUAGUUAACCCACCUUCCUUCUGCAUGUUCUUCGUGACCAUGUCUCUUGAUGUCAAAUUUCAGAAAAUGCAGUUAAAAUGUUUAGUUUUACGCCGCAGAGUUACCUCCGUGCUCAUUAACUUCAAGGCUGUUUGACUUGUCGGUGCAGGACGGGCCGCAAAACCACGACAGGCACUUGACUGCUCAAGAUAAAUGGCAGCGUACCGGCCCCACCCCCCAGCCACUCACUCAUUCAGCGAGCCCUCCUGUUGACCCGCGCCGGCCAUCAGAUGAGGAGCCCUUCAUAAAGAGCCCUUGUCCGCCCACACCUCUUCACUGAGCCCCGCGCUGCCAGGAGGCCAGUGUGACACCCGGGACCCAACGAUGAUCCCUCACGGUACGGACACGCGGCGCGGAGCCUCCGUUCACAGCGUGCGAGCGCGUCCGCGGCGGGGCGUGGGAGCCCACGUGGACACCGGGGAGACCACCCGCCUCCCUGGCAUCUGGAGACCCUGGACCCUGACGAGCGGAGAAGACAUGAGGGGCCCAGGAAAGUGUCACUCUGGAAUGACAACAUCCUCUGACAGACAGACACCCAGAGGCACCUUGGGUUUCCAGCACCCUGUCAGGCUGUGUUUGCCCAGAUCCAAGGCACAGCAGUACUUGUCCCACUUAGGAAAGGAGGUUCUGGCUAGCUUCCCUGUCCAGGCCACACUCCACUUCUAUAACGAUGACUCAAGCUCUGAGGAUGAUGAGGAAGAAGAUGACCCAAAGACAAAAGAGGCUUAGGCUGUCGGGCCUGAAAUUUUGGAUUGCGGAGCCAAUAUGGUUACUUGGGGGUGGGGUGUGCUCCAUGUUUUGGAAACAUGGCACUGAAUGAGCUGCUACAGGAAGAAAGCCAAGGACUCCAAGAGACAAGGAUAAUCACCUUGGACACAGACAGGAAGCACAGAAGGGGACAGGUCACUGGCAUCCUGUGACCAUGCAGUGGGAUGCUGUCACUACUGGAACAGUGUAAACACACCUUUAACCUGAAUGCUGCUUAUAUUCCUUUUACAACAUCCUGCAGUCUGUGGAUCAUGUAUCGAAAACAGUGCCUUUGUGUCCCUGCGCUGCAAAGACUGAGAAAGAGCAAAAUACAUUGCACCAUGUUUAAUACGAAAAUACAUGAA